UGUUCAGUGAUUGGUUUGAAUCUUUACAGACUCUAAACCAAUGGGCGACUGGAACUCUCUUUUAAAGAGAGUAUGAGCAGACACACUACCAUAACAUUAUUGCUUCAGACAGUAAUAACAGAUUUGAAAAUGAGCGGCAGAGGCAAAACCGGCGGUAAAGCCCGAGCAAAGGCCAAGACUCGCUCCUCCAGGGCGGGACUGCAGUUCCCCGUCGGCCGUGUCCACAGGCUCCUCCGCAAGGGAAACUACGGCGAGCGCGUCGGUGCCGGAGCUCCUGUUUAUCUGGCGGCGGUACUCGAGUACCUCACCGCUGAGAUCCUGGAGCUGGCCGGAAACGCCGCUCGGGACAACAAGAAGACCCGCAUCAUCCCCCGUCACCUGCAGCUGGCGGUGCGUAAUGACGAGGAGCUCAACAAACUUUUGGGCGGAGUGACCAUCGCUCAGGGUGGCGUGCUGCCCAACAUCCAGGCCGUGCUGUUGCCCAAGAAGACCGAGAAACCCGCCAAAUCGAAGUAAACGGAUCAUAGAGUCUAUUACUGAAACAAAGGCUCUUUUAAGAGCCACUUAUUUUAUCUGUUAACGAGCGCUUUUCUCUGUUAAUAUUUAUAAACACCAUAAACAAUUUUGGUCAAGGAGGAAAAUAACCCACCUACACAACAGUGUCUUAUCUCCACCAUAAACGUUACAGUUGACGUUAUGUACAUGUUAUAAGAACAUACUCACCUAAUGUAUGUUUACCACCCAAUUCAUUUAUUCUGAUAUUAAAAUAUAGUUUCCAUGCUUUGACUAUAUUGAAUAUUUUAAUAAAUGAUCAUCUAAUUUAAAGGGUAAUAUACAUAUCGGCUUCAGGGAAAAAGGAUUUGAUCAAUGUGCCUUCUUCUAGAUAUUUUUGGCAGUUGGCACAUGUAUUACUGCCACCAACUGGUAUGGAGUGUAUAACUGAAUGCCUUUUAGGCAACUUGGAUCAUUUCCCUCCCUUUUCCCUCAUAUUUUUUACAGUAUAUCAUGACGUGUUCUAUUGUCACUUGUUGUUCGCAGUAUUCACAUCUGCCAGUGUUUAUGUUUACCUAUUUUAAAUAAAGUACUGUUUAAUCCUG